GUUCUGCUGCAUGCGUGCUUACUAUAAAAGUUGUUUACAUUGAUUGCAGAGGAAGUAUCAUAACUUCUAGCUAAGGGAUCGUUCGAGCCAAACAGAUUUUUUUUUGUUAAGUAAGUAAUUUUUAUUCCAUCACGAUGUUUGAAUGGCCUGAUUUGAACACUCUUCCAUCCAGCCUGGCAGAAAGGAAUAGGCGAAUGUUCAAUAAUUCUCUAAUGAGCGACGUAAAUUUCAUCGUUCGGGAUAACGAAUCGCAGAGGAAAAUAUCAAUCCCCGCACACAAGUAUGUUCUGUCCAUUGGAAGUCCCGUUUUCUAUAAAAUGUUCUACGGGGAUUUUUCCGAGAAGAGCGAUUCGAUCGAGCUUGUGGAUGCAGACCCAGAGAGUUUGUUAGAACUUCUUCGCUUCAUGUACUCCGACGAAACCAAUUUAACAGCAAGCUGCGUGCUCCGUGUCAUGUACUUAUCUGAGAAGUACAUGGUUCCAGCGUUUCUCGACGAAUGCGCGAAAUUCUUGAGGAACGAAAUCAACGCCGAAAACACGUGGGAGAUUUUAAAACAAUGCGAGUUUUUUCGUGACACCGAAAAACUGCAGAAAAGAUGUUGGAGUAUUGUGGAUCUUCAAACACGCCAAUGCCUUCGUUCCAAAGGGUUCCUCUCAAAAACUCAAGGCAUUGUUGAAGCGUUAGUAAAGCGUAAGUCUUUAUAUAUUGAAGAGUCCGAGUUACUUCGAGCAAUUUUGUCUUGGGCAAAAGAGCAGUGUAAACUACACUCACUGGUACCGAGAUCAGAGAACAUAAAGAAGUUCCUUGGGGCUAAGGUGUUGUCUCACAUCCGUUUGGAGUUUAUAGACGAUAACGAUUUAAUCAAUCAUUGUUUAGCUACUGGUGUUCUUGACCUUAAUGAUUCGCAGUUUACGCAGGAGCUUGCGAAUCUUGAUUUCGUUCCCGCUAUAUCAAAUCAAGAUUUCUUUUCCCUGCGUCCAAAUAAAGGCAGUCGUCCGAGGCAACGGAUUCAACCUCUCCGUUGUCGCCGCUUGUUCGUGGACGAGCUCCCCCGUCUUUGCGCUCCUUACGAAAGUACAAACAGUGUUUGUUUUUACGCAGAUCAGUCUGUGUGUAUAAGAGGAGUACGUAUCAUUUUGAGUGGACGCAAUUUGAACGAUGACUAUGUAGUGAUCACAAAACUGUUGGACAACAAUCGCACCUGUGUUAGUUGCGUGCAAGGAAGCUACAAGGUGGAGUUUGGCGGGACGGAAGGUUUACCCGGUUUCGACAUUUUCUUUGCAGAGCCUGUUCUCGUCAAAGAAGGUGCCAAACAUUUUAUCACAAUGUUUUCACCCGCUGAAUUAGAUUUGCCGCCAGGCAUUGGAAAAAGAGAUGAAGUGAACUGUGCUGGAGUGAACUUUUAUUUUCCUGAUUCAACGCACAGGCAGUUUCCGGAAUUGAUUUUCCACCCUCUCCCUCCCUUAUGGUAGACAUAGAAGGAAAGAGGGGAAAUACAACGCCCCAUGGAUGAAAAUAUAUGCUGACAGCGUGGAAUUAUUUAUCCAAACUUUACAAAAAAAAUCUUAGAAAAGUCAGUCAGCAGCAAUAGUGAAUUUAGGAGUUUCUGAAGUGGUUUUAACGAGACAAUAAUAAACAAUUUAUGACUGAACACAUGUCACGAGAUAUCACACUUUGUCACGGGUCACGACAUUCAAUGUUGUGACACAGUUCAGGUCACUUUUAAAGAUACUAUGCUCAGUUUUUCCAUCAGCUUUACCUACAUGGUAAAUGCGUUCUGAGUUAUGUGCAUUUAUUAGCUGAACUAUUUUAGUAUAUAGUUAAAUUUGGAUAUAAAUUAAAUUCUUCUACAGACGUUAUCAACUUAACAAAUGAUAUUCAUGAUCAUGAAAAUAGUGUAAAUUGAGCUAUUUAAUGAAAAGAUAGACUCUUUCAACUAAUAAAACACGAACUGAGAUAAGCACACGAAGUUUAUCUUCAUUUUGGAUUCGUGCCACCUUGAAGACAUUGAAGAAGGGAGUAGUGCUACACAACGUAAUCAGUUGAUUAUUGUGCAAAACGCUACUGACUUCUAUCGCGGGCUCAUGUAUCCCAAC